AUGGCUUUAGAUUUGGGGCAAGUUGCGCAGCUUUUACACGCUACUCUUGACUCGCGGCAACACAAACAAGCUGAGGUUGCACUGAAGCAAGAAGAGAACAAGCCGAACUUCUCCCUCCUCCUCCUCCAAAUCGUUUCCACCGAAGACUUCCCCUUGAACACACGACUUGCUGGGGCCUUGUGCUUCAAAAAUUUCAUUAAAUUCAACUGGGUGGAAGAAGAUGGAACAUAUAAGCUACAACAGAAUGAGGUCGUUACGAUUAAAAGUCAGCUUAUUGGACUUAUGACCUCGGUACCGUCAAGUAUACAAGCUCAGCUAGGAGAAUCUAUCAGUGUGAUUGCCGAUUCUGAUUUCUGGACACGAUGGGAAACUCUGGUCGAUGAUUUGGUGUCCCGUCUCACGCCAGACAACCCGAAAGUUAACCUCGGUGUUCUGGAAGUCGCCCAUUCUAUUUUCAAGCGCUGGAGGCCGUUAUUUGCAUCCGACGAACUUUACACAGAGAUCAACCAUGUGCUUUUCAGGUUCGGGGAACCCUUUGUCCAAUUACUAGCGAGCACCGACCAGCAAAUUGAGGCGAACAAGAACAACAAAGAUGUGCUUAAACAAUACGUCGAGGUCUUGAACCUUUUAGUAAAGCUCUUCUACGAUCUCUCCUGCCAGGAUCUACCGCCUAUUUUCGAAGAGAACCUCGCACAUGUGACAGGUCUAUUACACAAAUAUUUGACCUAUGAUAAUCCACUUUUGGCUACGGACGAUGAUUCUGAGUCUGGCCUGUUGGAAUUUGUCAAGGCUGGCAUAUGCGAGGCAAUGACCCUUUAUAUGCAGAAAUAUGAAGAUGCAUUUGGGGAACUAUGCAGACCCUUUAUCACAAGCACAUGGAGUUUAUUGACAACGAUUGGCCCGGAAACAAAAUAUGACAUCCUGGUUAGCAAAGCCUUACAUUUCUUGACAGCAGUCGCCAGUAUCGGAACUCAUGCUCAGAACUUCAACAAUCCAGAGAUCUUGGGUCAGGUUGUGGAAAAAGUCAUCCUACCUAACGUUAGCCUACGAGAGUCGGACAUUGAACAGUUUGAGGAUGAGCCAAUUGAAUACAUUAGACGAGAUCUGGAGGGCUCCGAUACAGAUACACGGCGGAGGGCAGCAACCGACUUCUUGCGAAAACUUCUUGAUAAAUUUGAGAAUUUGGUUACAGAUGUUGUUGGACAAUACAUCAAACACUACCUCGAUGCAUUUAAACACAACUCAAGCGAGUGGAAAUCUAAGGAUACCGCUAUUUAUCUCUUCUCAGCAAUUGCCGCCAAGGGUGCAGCAACAACUAGCCAAGGAAUCAAAACUACUAAUUCCCUUGUCAACGUCCUUUCAUUUUUCGAGGAGAACAUUGCCGGAGAUCUUCUAAAAUCUGAUGGAGUAGAGCCGAUCAUCAAGGUUGAUGCUAUCAAAUACCUUUACACUUUCCGGCGCCAAUUGACCAAAUCUCAGUGGACAGCCGCCUUUCCACCGUUGGUCCAAAACUUGGGCUCACCUAACUACGUUGUGUAUACGUAUGCUGCUAUCGCGGUAGAACGAGUUUUGUUCCUCACUGAUGAUUCCGGGCAGCAUGUUUUUGGACGAAGCGAUGUGCAACCGCUUGCCAAGGAUUUGUUGAGCCAUUUAUUUCAGUUGAUCGAGGCAGAUCCAGCCCCAGAAAAGCUGCAAGAGAAUGAGUUUCUCAUGCGCUGUAUUAUGAGAGUUCUGAUUGUUAUCAAAGACGGCGUGGUCGAUUUUGCGGACACUAUUCUUGCGCAUUUGAUUCAUAUCACUGAUAUUGUCGCCAAAAACCCAAGUAAUCCUCGGUUCUACUACUACCAUUUCGAAGCUCUCGGAGCACUUGUAAGAUAUGCAGCACCAUCAAAUCAAGAUAAAUUCGAAAACGAUCUAUACAGACCUUUCGCAAGCAUUCUCUCAGAGGAUGUUCAAGAGUUCAUGCCGUAUGUCUUUCAAUUAUUUGCUGCGCUCCUCGAGUCUCGCCCCCACGGAAACUUGUCCGAGUACUAUCAGCACCUUGCUCAGUCCGUAUUAGUCCCUGCAACAUGGGAAAACAAGGGAAGUGUGCCAGCGCUUGCACGAUUAUUAACAUCAAUUAUUCCGAGGGGCGCCGAAGGUAUUGUCCAAAACAAUCAGGUAGAGCCUAUCCUUGGCAUCUUUCAAAAGUUGAUGACCAAGAAGUCUACUGAAAUAUACGCCUUCGACAUUCUUGAAGCUUUGUUGACCUCCUUACCUGCUUCCGGUAUUGAGCAAUACUUCCCCACUGUUCUCACCAUAAUAUUCACCCGCUUGAAUUCCAACCCACCCGAGAAGUUUAAGCAAAGAUUCGUUCGAUUUUACCAUCUUGUUGCAUCACAUGACGAGGAUGGCCUUGGUGCAGAUUUCUUCAUCCGGAACUGUGAUACGGUCCAAGAUGGUGUUUUCGUUCCAAUAUACCUUACUAUUGUGUUGCCGACGACUCAGCAACUCGCCCGUCCACUUGAUCGUAAGCUUGCUGUAGUUGGCCUCACCAAGACACUUGCCGAUUCUCAGGCUUUCGCCGUCAAAUAUCAAAAAGGAUGGGGAAAGACUUGCGAGGCUUUGCUGAAGCUCCUAGAAAACCCACCAAUGCCCGUAACGUCCGAUGACAACGUGGUUGAAGUUGACGUCGAUGAUUUGAGCUUUGGUGUCGGCUUCACACCUCUCAAUACUUGCAAGAAACAGCCAAGAGACGACUGGCCAGAUGUCACUGAUGUUAAGCAGUGGGCUGGGUCGUAUCUCAAGAAGGCUGACGAACGACACUCGGGUGCGAUUGCAGGAUAUGUCAAUACUCGCCUGUCGGAAGAGGCUAAGAACGUUUUGUUGUCGUACAUGUCGUGA